AUGGAUGGAGACUGGGAUGAGAUCACCCGGGUUCCGUUCCCGCCCCCGGGGCCGCGUGCCCUGCCGACACCGGUGACGACCAUGAUAUUUGAUACCUUGCAGGAGCUAUUAUGGACAGGCAAUGAAUAUGGCCGCGUCACCUCGUUUUAUGGCACCGAACUACAACGCUACACAUCCUUCAAAGCUCACACGGCCACCGACGGACCUGUUCGGCAGCUGUUAGUCAACGACCGUGGCAUCAUUUCUCUAGGGUCCAAGGACCUCCACAUGGCCCUUCGCAGGGGCCCUCCGAUAUGGCACCUAAGAACAAAUGACAUGGUAGACCUUCGUUGCAUGAGUUUUACAUCCAAGGGGACAUCGGAGAUCAUCCUGUCUGGUUUGCAGGACAGGAUGCUCGUCGUCGACCUCAAUAAGGGUGAGGUGACGAAGCAGGUACCCACCGACCAUCAGUAUACAAUGAUGCGGCGUGCGCGAUACAUCUGCGCCGCCACGAGCAAUGGCUCCGUACAUCUGCUAGACCCCGUCACGUUCGUCGUCAUCAAGGUGUGGAACGCGCACUCGGCCUUGAUCAACGACAUGGACGCCCAGCACGACUUCAUCGUCACCUGUGGCUUCUCACUACGCCCAGGUCACAAUUACGUCCUCGAUCCUUUCCUCAACGUCUUUGACAUCAAGAAGAUGUCAUCGAUGCCACCUAUCCCCUUCCCAGCCGGGGCUGCCUACGUCCGUAUGCACCCUCGCAUGCUGACUACCAGUUUCGUCGUCUCCCAGAGUGGCCAGAUGCACGUUGCGGACCUCAUGAACCCAAACAUUAGCAAUGUUCGCCAAGCAAAUGUCAUCACCUACCUCAGCAUGUUUGAGGUUGCCCCGUCGGGAGAAGCUAUUGCCCUUACAGAUGCCGAUUGCCAGAUCCACCUCUGGGGCUCACCAUCGAAGCUUCACUUUCUCGAUCUCGCCGCACCUAUAGAAUCGGCGACUCAGGAAGAGCCUAUUCCACCCAUCGACUUCUCGUCGGACAUUUCUGGAACGUGUCGCUAUGUUGAGAUGACGGCCAGGUUGACAGAAGGAAACAGGCCCCUGAAUGCCAUCGGCAUGCCAUACUAUCGAGAGGUCCUGGCUUCGGCCUGGCCUGAGAUUUUGUGCGACGUUGGCGCCCCCCCUGUAAAGUACGAUCCGCAAUUUGUUGCAUCGCUCAAGCAAACGGAGUUUGGUUACUACGGCGCCAAUACCCGUGGUCUUCGAAGGAACCAGGUUGAGUACACACGCAAUAUCGAUAAGAAUAUCAACGCCGGGCUCAAGGCGCCCAAGUUCCUCAGCGAAAAGGCCCGCGAGUCGGCCCAACUCGCUAUUCGGAUUCACAUUUCCAACUCCUACGCCAACUCUCUACUACAGCUACUACGAUUCACUCCCUUGCUGCAGAACUUGGCACUGCAGCAUGCCGCCACUGCUUGUGUCGGCGAGAUUUGUCUCCUCUGCGAACUAGGAUUCUUAUUCGACAUGUUGCAAAAGGCCGAGGGAUCCAUCUGCCAGGCCACCAACUUGCUCAAGACACUCAGCAACCACCCACAAGCUGCACCUCUAGGCUUGUUGGAGGAAGAAGCUCAUGCGUCCUCUUUGAACGUGAUGCUCCAGAGCUUGACGCGGUUCAUGCUCGACAAGAUUGCCGGCGACUACAAGCCACUGUCACCCAAUCCCUCUGCCAUGGAACAGGUCCUUACGACGGCCGCUACCACGGCCAUCAGGUGCAUGAAUUGCCGAAGCGAAUAUACCAGGCCAGGGUCCACCUAUGUUAACGACCUCUUGUAUCCCUCACUUACCCCUGGCCGGAACGCCAAGACACCUCGCAUAACUUUCUCUCAGGUCCUCAAGAACAGUAUCGAGCGAGAGACAACCUCUAAGGGGUGGUGCAGUCGCUGCCAACGAUAUCAGACGAUUGCGACGAGAAAGACGAUACACAGCAUCCCUUCUGUGCUGAUGCUCAACACGGCCAUCACAAACCAGGAACAUAAAAUGCUCUGGGCCACACCUGGAUGGCUCCCGGAGGAGAUCGGCAUCAUUGUUGAGCAGGGCCAACUGUUCUGCUACGAAGGAGAAGAUUUGAAGCUGCAUCUACAACGUGGGAUACACAACAUUACAGUGUACUCCCUCAUAGGGAUGGCCGUCAACAUUGAUGGUGGUCAAACACAGAAACCUCAUCUUGUGUCCAUGGUCAACGUUGCACACUCUGAGCCGGAAGCUCCAGGGCGUAGCCAAUGGCACUUGUUCAAUGACUUCUUGGUCCGAUCAGUCAACACAGAAGAGGCCCUCACAUUCAACACCUCAUGGAAGCUCCCCUCUGUGCUGGCGUACCAGGUCAAGGAGGCGAACAACAAGAUUGACAGGGAAUGGAAGAACUACAUUGACACGUCGCUGCUCUACCAAGAUCUCAACCCGAACACGCCGGUUGAGGACAAGACAUACCGCGUUCUAUCACCCGAGACCGAACGUCCCGGUCCCGACACCAUCAUCGCCCUGGACACGGAGUUUGUGGCAGUGCGCCAGCCAGAGAUCGAGAUGAACUCUGACGGUGAGCGCGAGACGAUCCGACCGAUAGUAUAUGCCCUGGCACGAGUAUCAGUCGUGCGCGGUCAGGGUGAGCAUGAGGGCGUGCCCUUCAUCGACGAUUACAUUGCUAUAAGAGAGCCUAUUGUCGACUACCUGACGUCGUACUCGGGUAUCACCCAGCAAGACCUGGACCCUCGCACAGCCAAGCACUGCAUCCUGCCGUUGAAAAAGGCGUACAAGAAGCUGUGGAUCCUCCUCAACCUCGGCUGCAAGUUCCUGGGCCACGGUCUGAAGCAAGAUUUUCGCGUCAUCAACAUCCACGUGCCCAAGACGCAGGUCAUCGAUACGAUCGACCGCUUCUUCCUCAAGUCGCGCCUACGCAAACUCUCACUCGCCUUCCUGGCAUGGUACCUCCUCAAGGAGGACAUACAGAUGGAGACGCACGAUUCGAUUGAAGAUUCGCGCACGGCCCUCAAGCUGUACAGAAAAUUCCUCGAAUUCAAAGACGCAGGCAUCCUAGAGACGAUGCUCCAGGACAUUUACCGCGUCGGUCGGGACGUCAACUUCAAGCCGCCGCGCAAAGAUGGCCAGGGAAUACAGCGCACCGACACGCCUCCCCUGCCCACAGACAGCAAUGGAAACGGCACCUCCCGGCCGCCCACUACGCCAUCACACAACGCGGCGACGCUGAUAGCGUGGAUGGUCAGUCCGGGAUGCACGAAGCAGUCGUAG